GUGUAGAAUAUGACAUUACUUUAGCUAUAGACAUUUUACAAGGAUUCAGAGAAAGUAUCAUUCCUGGUACUCCUGAAUUUUAUGUAAACAUUUAUACAGAGUGCUGGGAUGAUGAGCCAAAAAAUCGUCCAGCUGCGAACAAA